CUUAUCUCAAAACCCCCCUGUCAUCCUCUCCAACUUCACCCAAAAUCAUGCCUUUAUCAAACUUAUCAUCAUCAUCGUUGUCAUCCCACUCUCUGCAACUCUCUACUCUCUCUUCUUCCUCCUCAUUCUCCCAAAAACCCUCUCAAAAUUUUACCUUUGCCCCUCCAUGGCUCCUUCCCGGGAAGCUCCCCGCGGCCCGAAUCUCUUGCGUUUCGACCCGACCCAGAAGGAAAUCGGGCCGGAUUGGCGAGGAAACAGAGACCCUUGACCUUGUUAGAGAGAUUAUGAGGAGCUUCAGUGACAAAGCACCGCUAGUGAAGACGCUAAAUAAGUAUGUGAAGAUGGUGAGGAGUGAACAUUGUUUUCUUCUCUUUGAAGAGCUUGGCAAGACUGAUAAAUGGCUUCAGUGCCUUGAGGUGUUCAGAUGGAUGCAGAAACAACGCUGGUACAUUGCUGAUAAUGGCAUUUAUUCAAAGUUGAUAACAGUUAUGGGAAGGAAAGGCCAGACUAGGAUGGCCAUGUGGCUCUUCUCUGAGAUGCGUAAUAGCGGGUGUCGGCCUGAUACUUCUGUUUAUAAUGCUCUAAUUACAGCCCACCUUCACACCCGGGAUAAAGGAAAGGCAUUAGCCAAAGGGCUAAGUUACUUUGAGAAGAUGAAGGGAAUGGAACGUUGUCAACCCAGCAUUGUGACAUACAAUAUUCUUUUGAGAGCUUUUGCUCAAGCUAGAAAUGUUGCUCAAGUUAAUGCAUUGUUCAAAGAACUUGAUGAGAGCUUUCUUUCUUCUGAUAUUUAUACGUACAAUGGUGUGAUGGACGCAUAUGGGAAAAAUGGGAUGAUCAGAGAAAUGGAAGAUGUACUUUCCCGCAUGAAACGUACUCAGUGUAAGCCAGAUAUUAUUACAUUUAAUUUGUUGAUUGAUUCAUAUGGGAAGAAACAAGCUUUUGAUAAGAUGGAACAAGUAUUUAAGAGUUUGUUGCGCUCCAAGGAGAAUCCCACGCUGCCUACAUUUAACUCUAUGAUCAUAAACUAUGGGAAAGCACGACUUCGAGGGAAAGCUGAAGAAGUUUUCCUAAAGAUGGCUGAUAUGAAGUACACACCAAGUUUCAUCACAUAUGAGAGUCUCAUUGCAAUGUAUGGCUAUUGUGACUGUGUUUCUAGGGCCAGAGAAAUAUUUGAUGAGCUGCUUAUAUCUGAGAAGGGGAUAAAAGUUUCAACCUUGAAUGCCAUGCUUGACGUUUACUGCAUGAAUGGUUUGCCUAUGGAAGCAGAUAGGCUUUUUGACAAUCUGCAUGAUAUGAGGGUGACUCCAAAUUCAUCGACGUAUAAACUUCUUUACAAGGCCUACACUAAAGCCAAUAUGAAGGGCCUUGUACAAAAAUUUCUAAAGCGUAUGGAGAGAGACGGUAUAGUCCCUAAUAAAAGAUUUUUCUUGGAGGCUUUGGAAACUUUUGGGUCUAAAACGGCUAGUCCAGAAUCUGCUAGUGCUAAAACUGAUUUGAGCAAGUCACGGACUCUUGGAAAGACUUAGGUUGAAGUGAGAGAUUUACUCAUUUUUGCAUUCUUCUGAUCUUUUGCUGAUUUAGCUGAGAUUCAAAGCGAAUAUAUAGCAUACAAAUAGUGGACAAGUUAGCACCUGAUUAUUCAGCUGUUUAGUGCAUUGUUUGCUCUCAUAUGAUCUGGUAUGUAUAUCUUCGUUACGAUGAAAAGUCUGUCCAUGUUUCAAAUUUUAUUCUUUCCUAGUUUUCUUGAAUUUAUUAUGGCCUCAAUCAUUUGAACAUUCUCAAAAGUAUUUAGGACCAGCAAUAGUUUUGGAUUCGACAAGUACUCUGGGGAAGUAUCUUUUUUUUCAUAAAAAGUCGUAGGCAACCCGCUUUGAUCCAUUGCAUAUGUACUUGUAUGUGUUUGGAAUUACAUAAUGAAUCUGUUAUUAAAUUCAACCAUGCACACAACAAAACAUCUCAGUGUUGAGAUAUCACAGUUAUGCUCAUUUCCUAUCAGUUGCUUCGAUCGCUUUGGGUUCAAAGGUUCCUCAACACAUCCAUCUACAAGCUUGAAAUAAAAUUUUCUUGUUCUCAACUUUCAUUUUCAUGUUUGAUAAACCAGCUGAUAAAUGUUUAGUUCAUUUACUUGAUGAUUGCAGGCGCAGGAUAUUUAAGAUCAGGAUUGAGUAUAGCGAAGCCAGUUGCGUAAAAUAUUUCACAUUCCUGUUCUCUUAUGAAUGAUAUAACAGGAAUCUCUUGUCGACUGACAACCAAGCAGCUGCUUUUACUUAGUGAUUAGUAUUUUGUAACAUCGAAUUCCCAGAUUUUCUUUGCCUUCUUUCAAUGGAGAAUCUGUCUUGUAUCUCAUCCUUAAGAAAUGCUUACGCGUUGUUGCUUGUUUA